AUGUCUCUCGACCCGGUGAUGCCUCCCUACAACGCCUCCGACCCGACGGCCAACUUUCUCAGCUCCUCGUGUCUCGACUUUCUGCUCAUCGAGCUCGUGCCGCUCGCGUACCGCGUUACGCAGGAGCGCGACGGCGGCAGCGACACCCCAGUCGCCGGAGAAGAGAAGAAGAACAGCAGCAAGAGGAGCGCCGGGGACGACGACGACGCGCUCCCGGACGUAAACGAGCCCGAGGAUACAGAGCAGAGAGUGAGCUCGGCGGGGGCUGUGACGACGUCGGCAGGAAGCGCGAAGGGCAAUGGGAGGCGGUUCGACGACGAGGAGGAGCUGGACGCGGUGCACUACCGCUUGGAGACGCUGGGGUACAGAGUCGGCCAGGGUCUCGUGGAAAGAUUCUCUCGCGAUCGCCCCCGGCUAAACGACACACUCGACGUGAUCAAAUUCCUUUGCAAGGAUCUCUGGUCAUUGGUAUUUGGCAAGAAUAUAGACAAUCUCAAGACAAAUCACAGGGGCGUUUACGUACUGACGGACAACGUCUUCCGUCCGUUUUCGCGGAUGAGCACCGUGGCGGGCGGCCAGGCGGUGGUGCGGGCACAACCGUUCCUGUGGUUCCCGUGCGGCAUCGUCCGGGGAGCCCUGGCCGCGCUCGGCAUAAACGCCUCAGUACAGGCAGAAAUCAACGAGCUCCCGGGGGCGGUAUUUCAGAUCAAGACGUUGCCCAUCAAAACAUAA